AUAAAUUACUAAUUUUAAUUAUUAGCGCUUUGUUGGGUUGGUAUUUGAUACAACUGCCAACAAAAACAUAACCUUAGAUUUGAGCGGCAAAUUAACGCGGAAUUGUUUGUGUUUUUAAACAAAAAAAAUGUUUUAUCAUAUAUCGUUGGAGCAUGAAAUUUUAUUACACCCGCAAUAUUUCGGCCCACAGCUACUUGAAAAGGUGAAAACCAAGCUGUAUACAGAAGUCGAAGGGACCUGUACGGGAAAAUACGGUUUUGUAAUUGCUGUAACCACGAUAGAUAGCAUAGGGGCUGGCCUUAUUUUACCUGGCCAGGGAUAUGUGGUGUAUCCAGUAAAGUAUAAAGCUAUAGUUUUCAGACCAUUUAAGGGAGAAGUGCUUGAUGCUGUCGUACGGCAAGUUAACAAAGUGGGAAUGUUUGCAGAAAUUGGACCUUUAUCAUGCUUUAUCUCACAUCAUUCUAUACCGGCAGAGAUGGAGUUUUGUCCAAAUGUAAAUCCUCAGUGUUACAAAACCAAAGAUGAGGAUGUUGUUAUUCAUGCUGAAGGAGAAAUUAGAUUGAAAAUAGUUGGUACACGUGUGGAUGCCACUGGAAUAUUUGCAAUUGGUACUUUGAUGGACGAUUAUUUAGGUUUGAUAAGUAACUAGAAGUAAGGGCGUUUUAAUGUAUUUUAAGUCAAUAAAAAGUUUUUUCAAUCACUA